CAACUCCUUCCUCUCGCUCCUCUCCUGUGUGUCUCUCCAUGGAGCAGCAGAAGCACCAAGAACAACAGCAGAAGCUCCCCGAGAGGAAAGGGCAGAAGCGCAAGCUGGAGGAAGAAAUCGAAGAAGAACGAGAGAUCUCUCUCAUCUCUCCCGACGCUCACCAGGCGUUGGCGGCCGAGGUGAGUGCGCAGGUUAAUAUCCUUAACACCACCUUCUCUUGGAAGGAAGCCGAUCGAGCCGCCGCUAAGCGUGCCACUCACAUCCUCGCUGAGCUCGCCAAGAAUGAGGAAGUUGUGAAUGUUAUUGUCGAUGGUGGUGCGGUCCCGGCUCUGGUGAAGCAUCUUCAGUCGCCACCACAUUCGAUAGAAGGUGACGCAGGUCCGAAGCCGUUCGAACACGAGGUGGAGAAGGGGAGUGCUUUCGCUCUUGGCUUCCUCGCUGUGAAGCCUGAGCACCAACAGCUCAUAGUUGAUGCUGGUGCUUUGUCUCAUCUUGUGGACCUGUUAAAGAGGCACAGGGAUGGUUGUAGCUCUCGAGCAGUCAACAGUGUUAUUCGCAGGGCUGCUGAUGCAAUCACUAACCUUGCUCAUGAAAAUAGCAGCAUUAAAACCCGUGUCAGAAUUGAAGGGGGAAUUCCACCUCUUGUUGAGCUUCUUGAGUUUACGGAUACAAAGGUGCAAAGAGCGGCAGCUGGAGCACUACGAACCCUAGCAUUUAAAAAUGAUGAGAACAAGAAUCAGAUUGUAGAGUGCAAUGCUCUUCCAACCCUCAUUCUAAUGCUUCGGUCUGAGGAUGCUGCUAUACAUUAUGAGGCGGUUGGUGUCAUUGGAAAUUUGGUGCACUCAUCCCCAAACAUAAAGAAGGAGGUUCUCCUUGCUGGAGCUUUACAACCUGUUAUUGGAUUACUCAGUUCGUGCUGUUCGGAGAGCCAAAGAGAGGCGGCUUUAUUACUUGGGCAAUUUGCUGCAACAGAUUCAGAUUGCAAGGUUCACAUUGUACAAAGGGGUGCUGUUCGUCCUUUAAUUGAGAUGCUUCAGUCCCCUGAUAUACAGCUUAGGGAAAUGUCAGCCUUUGCACUGGGGAGGUUGGCACAGGAUACACACAAUCAAGCUGGUAUAGCUCAUAAUGGUGGUCUUGUGCCAUUGCUGAAGCUUCUAGACUCAAGGAAUGGAUCUCUGCAACAUAAUGCUGCUUUUGCUCUUUAUGGCCUUGCAGACAAUGAGGACAAUGUUUCUGAUUUUAUCAAGAUUGGAGGUGUUCAAAAGCUGCAAGAUGGAGAGUUUAUUGUCCAAGCUACCAAAGAUUGUAUAGCAAAGACUUUGAAAAGAUUAGAGGAGAAGAUCCACGGACGAGUAUUGAACCAUCUAUUAUAUCUGAUGCGCGUGGGAGAAAAGGUUUUUCAGAGACGAGUUGCUUUAUCUCUUGCUCAUCUUUGUUCCCCUGAUGAUCAAAGAACAAUAUUCAUUGAUAAUAAUGGUUUGGAGUUGCUUUUGGAGCUUCUUGGGUCUACAAGCCCAAAGCAACAACAAGAUAGUUCGGUGGCCCUCUACAAGUUAGCCAAAAAAGCUGCAACUCUCUGCCCUAUGGAUGCAGCUCCUCCAUCUCCAACACCACAGGUCUAUUUGGGUGAGCAAUAUGUAAAUAAUGCUACACUUUCCGAUGUCACCUUUCUAGUUGAAGGGAGACGGUUUUAUGCUCACAGAAUUGCUCUACUUGCUUCUUCGGAUGCAUUCCGUGCGAUGUUUGAUGGUGGCUAUAGGGAGAAGGAUGCAAGAGAUAUAGAGAUCCCUAAUAUACGAUGGGAUGUUUUUGAAUUGAUGAUGAGAUUUAUAUACACGGGAUCAGUGGAUGUUACAUUAGACAUUGCACAGGAUCUCCUUAGAGCUGCAGAUCAGUAUCUCCUGGAGGGACUCAAGCGUCUAUGUGAGUAUGCAAUUGCACAGGAUGUAUCUUUGGAGAAUGUUUCAAGCAUGUAUGAACUUUCAGAGGCUUUUCAUGCUAUUUCAUUAAGGCAUACAUGCAUCUUGUUUAUUUUGGAGCAGUUUGAUAAAUUGAGUGCUAGGCCAGGGUAUUCUGAACUGAUACAGCGCAUAAUUCCAGAGAUCCGCAACUACUUUUCCAGAGCACUUACCGAGCCUAACCAACAACAUAACAUCCGAGUAGAGGUUCAUUGCUGACCAAUGUCAACUAACAAGGCAGAGAUGGAUGCUGAAGAUUGUACAGUGGAGAAUCUUUUCGUUGUCUUCAAUGGAAUUAUUGUGUUGAGCAAAAUGUUGACAGAAUGUAGUGCACCGUCUCUUUGAUUCAGAGUGCCUUCCCCUGUUAACAUUUUUCUGUAGUUUUAUUAUCAAGUGUAAUUGUCAUUCCUACUUUUGCUAGACUACCAGCUGUUCUCAUGCCCUUGGCCUUGGGGGUUGGGGAAGCGGAUAUCGCUUGGGAUAAUUGGUAAAUGAGUGCGGCAUUUGAGAAGUGCUCUCGUUUGAAUCACUUUCCAGAUUCGAUUACAAUCUCGUUUGACCUCCUAUAAAGAGUUUCAGUUAUCCAGUUAUGACCUCCUAUUCAUUUUUCA